UUUAAGUUUUAAACUGAAAUUCAAAUAUAUAUUCAAAAUUUAAAUAUUUUAUAUAAAACAAAAAUGGGUCUAAAUUCAAACAUCUUGAUUUUAAAUAAAACUAAAAUAUAAUUCAAGUUAAUUUCAAAUGGGUCUAAAUGAUUUUACAUUAGUCAAUGUAAUUAUUGACGAUGCAAACUGAUAACUCUAGAUCUUAAAAUAUAUCUAAAAGGGUUUAGAGUUAAAAUGAAGUGAAUAUAAAUAAAAUGGAAUUGAGUGGAAUGGAUUUAAUCAUUUGCAUCUCUCUAACAAUUUUUUUUUGUGAUUAUUUAAUUUUUGUAAUUUAAAAUAUUAUGCACAUUUAAAACGAAGAUCAACAUCAUCGUCACAUCUUUUCCAAUAAUUUCAUUUGGAUAUAAGGAAAAGAAAUAAUAAGAGAAAUAGCAAAAUUUCAAAACGAACGAACAUAUGAUUAUUCGGUUUUUGGCGCAGGUCGGAUUUGAUAUUGGUUUUUCAGAUAUAGCACUUUAAGACCCGUUCGAUUAUAUAAUACAUGUCUAAUCGGGUCUGAGAUUCUGAUUUUUUGGAUAAAUUUUGAGUCAAUUUUUGGGUAAGAAUAUUCUUAACUAAUUACGUUAAUAAGUCGAAAUUCUAAUAAAUUCAAUAAAAUAUAUCCUGGUUUUAUUUAAACCUGAUUACAUAUUUUAAAUCCUAUUGCCUAUAUUUACGUAUCAUUCUGAAACCUGAUUACCUAUUCAAUAAUCAAAAUUGUUUUCACUAGAACAAAGAGGCAUAUAAUAAUUUUCAAUAAUAUAACGUUUUUUUGUAAUAUUUAAAUGUUGAUACACAAGCAAAAAUGUAAAAUUUACAUCAAAUAAAUUUGGUUUGUUUUGAAAAUAAGUCCGUGCUUUAAAAGCGCGGAUCAUAGUUUAGUCUAUAAUUAAAUUCCAGUUUAUCAUUUUAUAAUUUCCUAAGUAAUUCUGCAUAAUAGUACGAUUUAUUAGAAGUUGCUACUUAAAUGAUAUAAAAAGCAUAAGUGAUUCUGCAUAACACCUUACCCAUUUCCAAAAUACCCUAGUAGUCAACUCGCUCUUUAAUAAAUCGCUCUAACCCAUCAUUAAUCAAAAUUCAUUGCACUUCUUUUUUCUUAGGAAAAAAAAAUCAAAACUCUUAGUCUCUGUAUUAUAUAUAUUUCUUUUCCAGAAAACCUACUCAUUCAAUCUUAAGAAACUCUUUCAAGAAAUGCAUCCAGGGAAUCUAUGGGGCGGGAGGCUCGACGCCAUAGACAGCGACCGAGCCGAGGCUGAGGAGGAAGAGCGGCGGAGGAACAUGACGGAGUGGGACAGAGGAGCCCUCCAUUCGCAGCAACUAUCUGCCGAACAUCAGAGGAAUCAAUUGGACGAGACGCAACAAGGCUGGUUACUUGCACCACAAGAUAGCUGGAAAAAGAAGAGAAAGAAGUAUGUAAACCUAGGUUGUAUUUCCGUUAGCCGAACGGUUUUUACGUGGACCGUUGGAUCUAUCGUCGUCUUGUUCCUCGUCGUUGCUCUUCCGAUCAUCAUCGUUAAGUCGUUGCCUCGUCAUAAGUCUACACCUCCUCCUCCAGAUAAUUACACUCUUGCCAUCCAUAAGGCUAUUCAGUUUUUCGACGCCCAGAAAUCGGGUAAAUUGCCGAAGAACAAUCGAGUAUCAUGGAGAGGAAAUUCGGGGCUGAAGGAUGGAUUGCCAGACGUGGUUGGAGGAUUGGUGGGAGGGUACUACGACGGUGGAAGUAACACCAAGUUCCAUUUUCCGAUGGCAUUCUCAAUGACAAUGCUAAGUUGGAGUCUUAUUGAGUAUAGUCAAAAAUUCAAAGCCAUCAAUGAAUAUGAUCACAUGAGAGAUGUUCUCAAAUGGGGAACUGACUAUCUGCUUCUCACUUUCAACAAUUCUGCAACUCGCCUUGAUCAUAUCUACGCUCAGGUUGGUGGAGGACUAAGAGACUCAGAAUCACCAGAUGAUAUCUACUGUUGGCAAAGACCAGAAGACAUGUCCUACGACCGUCCUGUAAUCUCUUUAACUACCGCCACUGACCUCGGUGCAGAAGUCGCCUCCGCCUUAGCUGCCGCCUCAAUCGUCUUCAACGACAAACCAACCUACGCCAAAAAGCUAAAGAAAGGAGCAGAAACUCUAUGGCCUUUCUUUAGAAACAAGAACAGACGCAAGCGCUACUCAGACGGACAACCAAUGAUUCAAGCCUUCUACAACUCAACAAGUAUGUUCGACGAACUUAUGUGGGCUGGCGCGUGGCUUUACUACGCCACGGGGAACCAGACUUACAUACAAUUCGCCACAAACCCAAGCGUGCCUAAAACGGCUAAAGCUUUUGCUAAUCAACCAGAAUUGAUGGUACCGAGCUGGAAUAACAAAUUACCUGGGGCUAUGUUGUUGAUGACUCGGUACAGAUUGUUCUUGAAUCCUGGUUUUCCUUAUGAGAACAUGCUCAGUAGGUACCAUAACGCUACUGGUGUCACCAUGUGUGCUUAUCUAAAGCAGUACAACGUUUUUAACCGGACUUCAGGAGGGCUUAUACAAUUGAACAUGGGGAAACCAAGACCACUGGAAUAUGUGGCUCAUGCUUCUUUCUUAGCUUCUCUGUUUGCGGAUUAUCUGAAUUCAACUGGAGUUCCUGGAUGGUAUUGUGGCCCUACCUUGGUCUCGACUCAGGUUCUUAAGGAUUUUGCUAAGUCUCAGAUUGAUUACAUUCUUGGAGAUAACCCUUUAAAAAUGAGCUAUAUUGUUGGGUUCGGCAAGAAAUUUCCAAGACACGUUUACCACCGAGGAGCCACCAUCCCAAACGACAAGAAGAGAAGAAGCUGUAGAGAAGGAUUGAAGUAUAGAGACACAAAAAAUCCUAACCCAAACAAUAUCACAGGAGCUAUGGUUGGUGGACCAAACAAAUCCGAUCAGUUCCAUGACAUACGAAGCAAUUACAACGCGAGUGAGCCUACUAUGUCCGGAAACGCAGGUAUCGUGGCUGCUCUCAUUUCAUUAACCAGCAGUGGAGGCUACCAAAUCGAUAAGAAUACAAUGUUCAAUGGUGUUCCUCCUCUUUACCCUCCUGCCCCACCACCCCCUAAAGCUUGGAAGCCUUAAGAACGAUUCAUAUAUUUUAUUAUGUUGCCGAGUUUAAGCUAUAUAAUAUUUUUAAUUGACACUUUCAAUAAUUUUGUUUUUUCAAUGUCGUUUACUCUUUAACAUGAUCUUCUUUCAAGAAAGAGGAUUUAGUUUUUGGAAGAACCAUUACGACUCGUGAUGAAGGUAUUAGUGUAUCACCAUUGUACUGUUCCUCUA